ACGGGCGCAUUCCCGAUAAGCCGUCGCUUAAAGUGAACAUGAUUUGGUGAGAGACGAGGAGAGGAGGAAGCGGCGAUGGCACUCACCAUCCGCCAUCUCUUCUCUCCCCUGAGACACUGCGCGCUCUCCUCCAACGCCAGUCCAUUCCCCUCCUGCAAGCCCAUAGCCACCCCUGCCCUCACCGGCUGCAGGGCAAGGCGCGGCGACGUCUCGCUCUCCGUCGCAUUCAACCCCUCCGGCAACUUCGACCUCUCUCUUACCGGAGAGGACGAGGCCCAGCAAGUAGCGCCUUCUCUGCCCCCAACCGAAGGGCGUUAUGAAAUUGUAAUCAACAAAGAUAUUAUACGACGUUUGGACCUAUCACCUGUUGAAGCAAUUGCAGGAAAAAUCUCUUCUCUAUGUGCUGAACCAAGAAAGCUUUUGGACCAAACAGUUGGUUUUACGAUCAACUAUGAAAGAGAUGACCCUUAUGACACACGUGAGUUAUCAGAAUUCCCUGAUGUAAGGCUAUGGUUUGUGAGACUUGAUGCUGCUUAUCCAUGGUUCCCUGUGGUUCUGGAUUGGAGAGCUGGAGAGCUUGCUCGGUAUGCAGCAAUGCUAGUUCCUCAUCAGAUAAGUAUGAGACUGGGCAUUGUGUUCAAUCCAGAAGCCCUCGAGUUGUUUGUACUAAACAAGGCUUUCACUGUGUAUUCGUGGUUGAAACAACAAAAGUUUCCAAAGCCUAAACUGAAGACCCGUGACAUGGCAAGAAUGCUUGGAUUCGGUCUGGAAGAUUCAUUGUUUGACUUGAUCGAUCAACAUCCUCUUCACCCUUCAUAAACUUGCAAGUGUAAGCCUUAAGGUGAUGAUAUAUUAGAUCUUGAUGAUGAAUUGUUGAGUUACCUUCACUAGAUCUUCAAAACACUGGUGGCCGAGAAAGUGGAAGAUCUGAUCGAACCAUUCCACGAGAUGGCAAGUUUACAUUCUCUUACAAUGAAACUAGUGAAUCUGUACAUUUGCAUAUAAACUGUUAGAUCUCUCUGCAUGUUUAGGAGAAAGGUUUGAUGUCAGUGACAGUGUAAAUGCAGACAGAUGCCGCAUACUGUGUUCUGUCAUGUUCUGACUUUACUGAACAUAAUAAAUAAGUCAUAUUUGUAAUUAGAACUACAAA